UCUAGUACUUCGGGUGUGGAAGUGAAAGUAACGCUCUGCUGCCGGUUUGGACAUCACCAAACAAGGCAAGCGCAGGCGUUCUCCGGACCGGCCCGUUACGAGGAAGAGUAGUGUUCUGUUUUCUUGCUGUGCGAAGAAGGAGAGAGGAAGAAGGGAGGGGUAGGUGGGGUGGGCGGGUGCCGAGAACGGUGUGCUGCUGAUUGUCGGUAUGGGGUUCGUCUCGGUAGGGUGGAAGGUAGGCUCAGGCAUUUGUCGAGAGAAGUCGGCCUCUGUCUUUUGGAGAGUACCGGUAGGCGGAGCGAGUUUGAACAGCUAUCAUGGAGGAGGAGGAGGAGCAGCAGGAGGAGUGUGCAAUCUGGGUGAAUCCGGUCAUGCCGGCGAUGGGCGGGUCCAUCUGUACCACACGGAGUCAGGAGGAGUUUCGAGGUCUGAUGGCUUUGGCAGCCUGUAUUCGCCGCGAUGGCGGGUAAGAAACGGUGAGGCCGACGGUAGUAUGAAGCCUGCUGCGGCGCAGGCUGCUGCUGCAGUAUGCCCCGGCCGCGCCAGCGUCGAUAAACUCUCUUGCUUCGGGAACGUCCUUCGACGAGGAGGGGGAGCUUUGACCAAUGGGUCUGCAAACGUCGGGAUCCGAGAUCGAUCGGACAUUACCUCUGUGCGGCGGAGUCUGGACGCCGCUGCUGCUGUGAAGAACUCCGCUGGUCGUCUCUUCCAUCCGAGAGGUCUGGAGGUCGAACCCCAGGUUAGCCUCGGGUUCGCCGCUCAGUCUCCAGGGGGGGUGUUACUUCAUGUGCACGUGCGCCGCGGUCUGUCCACCUGUAGUCACAGCUCAGCUGGGAUCGAACUCAACGGUUUCGUGUUCGAACCUCAGAGCGGACGCUUUUGUUUGCUACCUGGAACGACGGCAGCAUUCUCAUCAUCCGCGACGGCGACGGCGGCGGCGGGCGCGGGCGUGGGCGGGAGAAGUGGUGGUGUGACGGGUACGAGAGAAGCAGCGCGUGCCACGGUAGACCUGGCGCGCAGUGAUUCCACCGACUUAAUGCGUGAAGAUGCGGAAAAGUGGACGGCCCGCGAAGAUCAUGGUGGUAAAGGCGGGAUCGCGACGGAUACGAAGAGGGAGAUCGCGGCAGUGGAAGACGCCCAUCGGGUGUCGGAAUGGGCUGUGCAGCCAACGAAGCUGAGGCGGGCAGACGGGACACCAUGGCCGUGGAGGUGCUUCUCCCCCAAAGAUGCAGUGCGCUACGACAGCGAUCUCCCUGUCUCUGAGUUGACAAGGCAUCAUCCGCCUCAAAAUUUCGGCGAUAAGUUAGCGUAUUACGUGGUAAAGUCUCUGCGAGUCCCCACAGAUUUGUUUUUCCGCAAAAAGUAUGGUUGCCGUGCUGUGAUGUUAGAGACUGUGGCCGCUGUGCCCGGGAUGGUGGGGGGGAUGCUCCUCCAUCUGAAGUCCUUGAGGAGAUUCGAACACAGCGGCGGAUGGAUUCGAACUCUGAUCUCUGAGGCUGAGAAUGAACGCAUGCAUCUGAUGACUUUCAUGGAAAUUUCGAAGCCUCGGUUAUGGGAAAGAGCGCUGGUGAUCGUGACUCAAGGAGUGUUUGCGAACGCCUUCUUCUUGCUUUACGUAAUCAGUCCACGUGUCGCUCACAGAGUGGUCGGCUACCUCGAGGAGGAGGCGGUUGUCUCGUACACCAGAUAUCUGGAGGAGAUUGAUGCGGGAAGGAUAGAGAACGUUCCCGCGCCGCAGAUCGCGAUCGACUACUGGGCGCUUCCGCGGGACGCGCGUCUCCGCGACGUCGUGCUGGCGGUGCGCGCCGACGAGGCGCAUCAUCGGGACGUUAAUCACUUCGCAUCAGACAUCAAGAGUGUGGGCAAGCAACUCAAGGACAUCCCGGCCCCCGUAGACCACGACAAGUGAAUCGUUUCGUCGAGUAUGACUAUGGUAGCUCGUUGCGUGCCGACGUCUGAUUAGUGAUUGGUGAGUUACUCAGCUGCGCGCGUGCGCGCGGGCGCCAUCGCUGGGAGCUCCAAGCGGGAUGGGUGGUCAGUAGCAGCACCUCUGUUCGGAAGAGGAGAGAGAAAAAGAGACGGGGAGAGAGAGAGAGAGAGAGAGAGAGAGAGAGAGAGAGAGAGAGAGAGGAUGCCGUUGACAGGUUGCGGAUUGCAGCCUUUGUAGGAAUUUAGGAAAUACGAAAAUGGAAUUUAGUGAAUAGGGAAAUAGCAUGAUAGAUUGGUUGAGAUGUGCUCUCGUAAUAGGAGAUGCCAUAUUCAUUUUCAUCGUACGGUCCGGAUGUGUCGGAUGCGGGUUGGACCGAUAGAUUGGACCGAUAGAUCGAGCGGCGGUCGACUGCGCGACCGGUGAUCUGUGAGACUGUGUCACUCUUCGUAAGGUAAUUAUCGUGCACUCGCGGCGUCAGGUGCAUUCAUUCCUACUCAUGGAAGCGGGGAGGUAAUUAUCGUGCGGUCGCUGGCGUGACUUUCUGGUCAACACGCC